UUUUCCUUAAAAAACUUAUCCCCCUGAAGAAAAAAUGGAGGAUAUAGAAAAAUCUAAAAAUUUAGAUUUAAAAAAAGGCCCAUUAGAUUGUAAAAACUUAAAUAUUUAUGAUUUAGAUAAUAUACAAGAAACUGAUGAUAUGACAGAAACGAGCGAUUCCGGCAAUUAUAGUCAGUAUGAAGAAGGCAGUAGUGAAAAUACAUCAGAGACUUUUGCUCAACAAUCCUCAAAGAUUAUAAAUCCAUAUCAAAUGUCUGAUGAUGAGGAUGAUUCUGAUGAAAGUGACGACUCGGACUAUGAUGAUUCGGAAAAUGUCAAGAAAGUGGACACAACAAGUGUAUAUAACUGGGUCCGUCAGCAAAUUCAAAGAGGCAUGAAUCCAAGGAUUAUAAUUCAGAACUUACUUCACAAUUUUGAUGUUCCAGAGGAUAUGAGCGAGGCAAUGUUAUGGCGAAUUAUAUCAUUAGCUAUAACUCCACAAAGGGAUCGAUUGGAAAAUGUUCGUAGUUUUGAUGAUGCUGUUCACUUGAUAAAAUUCGCACGAAACAUUAUUAUCCUUACUGGCGCAGGAGUGUCUGUAAGCUGUGGUAUUCCAGAUUUUCGCUCACGAGAUGGUAUAUAUAGUCGUCUAUCGCGCGAAUAUCCAAAUUUACCGGAUCCACAAAGUAUGUUUGAUAUUAAAUAUUUCACACAAGAUCCUCGUCCGUUCUACAAGUUCGCACGUGAAAUCUACCCGGGGCAAUUUAAACCUUCAGCAUCUCAUUUGUUUAUUAAGAAAAUGGAAGAUCGUGGAGUUCUCCUUCGUAACUAUACACAAAAUAUUGAUACAUUAGAAAGAAUUGCAGACAUCUCGAGAUUAGUCGAAUGUCAUGGAUCAUUUCAGUAUGCUCGCUGUACUAAAUGCAGAUAUCGAAUAAGUGGAGAUGACAUUCGUGAUCACAUUUUUCAACAACGAAUUCCACUAUGUCAUAUUUGCAACAAGAAUGUAACGACAACAUUUCACAUAGACGAGAAUUUGGCAGACGAAACACAAAACAGUGAGCAGUUGAAGCAGUUAGUGGAAAUGGGAGUUUUUAAACCAGAAAUUGUAUUUUUCGGAGAGGAAUUACCCGAUGAUUUUCAUGAAUCCAUCGAUGCUGACAGGCACAAGUGUGACCUAUUAAUUGUUAUUGGAUCAUCGCUCAAAGUUAAGCCAGUCGCAAUGAUUCCAAAUCUCAUAGCAUCUCAUAUUCCCCAAAUUCUGAUAAAUCGGGAACCUUUGCCACACAUGAACUUUGACGUUAAUCUCUUCGGAGAUUCUGAUAUUAUUGUUAAUCAUAUUUCCAAAAUGAUCGAGGAAAACAACGGAUACGAAGAAACAUGUGAUGCAAGCUGUCUUUUAAAGGAAGUAACAGUAACACUUCCAUCAAAGAAAAUAAUCGAGGAAGUAGCGCCAGGAAAUGAUAUAACAGAGAAUCCUAUCCCCCAACAUGAUGCUCAUUCUUCGAAUAUUGAUAAUCUCUCAAGCUUAUUGCCUUCGAAUUCUUAUGCCAGAAUUUCACCAAAUUCUCGGAGCUACAUUUUUCAUGGUGCUGAAGUUACAUUAGAUAACAUUGACGACGACGAUUCAGAUAUUUCUGAUGAAUUUAGCGAAGGUGAUGAUAUGGAGAAUGUGGCGUCGCCAAUACAAGCUUCCGACGAAAAUGAAAUUUUGUCACUCAUUUCACCUGAAACAACAGCAAACAGCAGCUUUUCAGACAAAUCCGAGAUUUCUGAGAACGUAAAUGAUGAUGACGAUGAAGAUUUUGGGCCAUCUUCAAUAAAGAAACCUAAACUAGAUGAUACUACUACUAAAAACUCUAUUUUGUAAUAAUUAUCCUUAAGAAAAAAAUCUCUUCUUCUUUAUUUCAAGAAAAAAUGAAAAAUCUUUUAUUUAAUUCCAUUCUUUUCUAAUUUUUAGUGUUCUCAUAUAAUUUAAGAAACAAAUAAAACAAAAAACUUUAAAGAAAUUAUUUCAGAUUAAAUAUA